GUUACAAUGCAUAUAUAUACAAAAAGGAGGGAGCAUAGUAACUAAACAUAUGCCAGCAACUAGCUUAUUAAAACUUAAACUAUGGUUGUUUGAGCUGCAAGUUAUCUGUAUUGAUAGCAUGCUUCUCUUCUUCCUUUGUACUCUGUGAUAACAAACACUGCCGCAAACUAAACCUAAACGACGCCGUUGUGUUCAUCUUCUACCUUCAGAUCCUUCUUCACUACUCUCUCUCUCUCUCUCUCUCUCAAGCAAUGAGAAAACCCAAAUCAAAGGAGUUUCGUAAGAAACAACGCUUCUCAGAAGAACUAGACGAAAUCAACCUCUUGAAUUCAUGGAUUCAAUCUCAAAAACCAGAAUCCGGUUCAAACCCAAUGUCUCUUCCACCUCUCCCCAACAACUCCCCCGUCGGCCGCCUCGCCGACGGCACGUUCUCUCGCUACGCCGGCGUGGCCCGGUUUGAACAGUUACCGAUAUCGAAGAAUAUCAAAAAGGCAUUGAUAUCGAAGAAAACCCAAGACGAAUUACGUUCGAAAUUCGUUUCCAUGACUGACAUUCAACGAGCUUCUCUUCCCCAUGCGCUUUGUGGUCGUGAUGUUCUUGGUGCCGCCAAAACUGGUUCUGGAAAAACACUUGCUUUCAUUAUUCCUGUGUUGGAGAAAUUGUAUAGAAAGAGAUGGGGACCGGAAGAUGGGGUUGGGAGCAUAAUCAUAUCACCUACAUGGGAAUUAGCUGGUCAGAUUUUUGCCGUGUUGAAGGCUAUUGGGUGUAUCCAUGGUUUUAGUGCUGGCCUCCUCAUUGGUGGUCGUCAGGGUGUUGCCACAGAGAAAGAAUGUGUCAACAAGCUAAAUGUAUUGAUCUGCACACCCGGUCGCCUUCUACAACACAUGGAUGAAACUCCCAAUUUUGAUUGUUCAAAGAUGCAGGUUUUGGUACUAGAUGAGGCUGACCGUAUUCUUGAUAGUGGAUUCAAGAAGGAACUAAAUGCAAUCAUCUCACAAUUACCAAAGCGUAGACAAACCAUGCUUUUCUCGGCAACUCAAACAAAGUCGGUUCAAGAUCUUGCAAGACUAAGUUUGAAGGACCCCGAGUAUAUAAGUGUGCACGAAGAGUCUGUGACUGCAACUCCUACUCUUUUGAAGCAAAAGGUGAUGAUCGUUCCCCUGGAUCAAAAGUUAGAUAUGCUAUGGAAUUUCAUAAAGACACAUCUAAAGUCAAAAACACUUGUCUUUCUAUCAAGCUGUAAACAGGUAAAAUUUGUGUUUGAGGCAUUUAAGAAACUUCACCCUGGCAUACCGUUGAAGUGCCUUCAUGGGAGGAUGAAACAGGAAAAAAGAAUGGCAAUAUAUUCCGAGUUCUGUGAGAAGUGCUCAAUUCUCUUCGCAACUGAUGUGGCUGCAAGAGGCCUUGAUUUUAAUAGGGCAGUCGACUGGGUUGUUCAGGUAGAUUGUCCCGAGAAUGUAGCAUCUUACAUACAUCGAGUUGGUCGUACUGCUCGCUAUAAAUCUCUUGGAAAGUCAGUUUUAUAUCUAUUGCCUUCAGAAACUAAGAUGCUUGAAAAGUUAGAAGCAGGAAAGGUUCCAGUUCAUUAUCCUCCGAAGCCAAGGAAAGAACUGCUGCAACCGGUGUCCAGUUUGCUUGCAUCUUUACUGGUCAAGUACCCAGAACUUCAGCAGCAGGCCCAAAGGGCAUUUGUCACAUACUUGAGAUCCAUCCACCUCCAAAAAGAUAAAGAAAUCUUUGACGUUUUGAAACUUCCUAUUGAUGAGUAUUCAGCAUCAUUAGGUCUGCCAAUGACCCCCAAAAUCCGUUUUCUAAAACAGAAAAUUAAAUCUAAAGCUGUGGCAACAAAAUCAAUUUUAGUUGAACCUGAGGUUCCAAAAAAGGAAAAUGUCUUGGAAGGUUCAAGAGAAAAGAUAGACACAGUUGUUUUCAAAGAUGAGGAAAUUGAAAACGAUCUUCUUCAUGUGGCUGAUACCUCAAAUGAAGGCGAUGGGAAGUCAGCUGAAAUUGGAGAGUUAAUGCCAGCAACUCGUUUAUUAAAGAAAAAAAAGCUCAAGAUUAACAUGCAUAGACCACUGGGGAGUCGGGUUGUAUUCGACGAUGAAGGCAACACACUUCCUCCACUAGCCAGGAUUGCUGACCCACAAAGUGGCAAUGGAACAUUGAUUGAUCCAGAACAAAAAGCUGAAUACUAUAAAAGGAUGCGAGAGGAUUUGAAGAAGGCAGACAAGGAAGACAAACUUGUAGAGCGUCAGCGACUUAGGGAUAAAAAAUUUAAGCAGAAAAUGAAAUGGAAGGCUGGUAAUGAGGAAGAAGAGGACAACCAAGAUAACACCUCUGGGUCAGGAGACAAAACGGUAAAUAGACGUCAUAAAAAGAGUAAAAUAUACUUUGAUAGUGACAAUGAUGAGGGUGAAAGAAAAGAAGCUUCAAGGAAACAAACGGAAGAUCAAGAAGAGUUGGCUUUGAGGUUGUUACAAUCCAUGCACUGAUGCAAGCAUAGGAUACACAAUACAUAUGACGUUUAAUCACAGCAAAAAAUGUGAGAAAUGGAGGAAAGUUUGAACUUAUUGCAGAAGUUUAAUGAACAAUAGCCAUUCAAUGGUAAGCAAAUUAUAGCAUGUUUAACCAUUAGAUUUAUUAUUAAAAAAGUCAGUGGCCUAGAUGAGUUACUACCGGCUACUUUUGGCUGGUUACAAUUUUGAUUUUUACAGUUGAGUUUUGGUUGAGGAUCUGUUGAUGAAUGUAACUGGGACCACGAUGAUGGAUUUCUGUGAAAAUUUGUACUUGGGUCUAGUUCAAAAGUACCUACUAUUUUGGCUUCAGAUUGAUCCUUAAUGUCAAAAGCACUUCUAUUUGGUGUGAAGAACAAGGACACCAUUUUGAACAAUAUUAAUUAUUCAUUCCCUUAUUCGA